AUAGGCGUUUGAUUACAAGUUUCCAUUCUGUACCUAUUCUGUGUCGCGACGUUGGUGACGAACGACGUGCUACAAAUUUCGACAGUGCUUGUGGAUACAUAAAACACCGACUAUUAAUAACUUUUUCAUUUCUAGUGCAUAAUUCCUGUCAGUGGGAAUGUCGUAUCGUAGAGAUAACCGCAGGGAUAACCCUAGAAAUUCAGGCGGAAACUAUGGAGGUGGAGGAGGGGGGAUGAACAGAAGACAGAACUACGGCGGAGGGAUUGGAGGAGGCCUGAACCAGGUGAAUCCUUGGCAGGGAGGACUUGUGCCAGGUGUCAAUCAGCUGGGACUCCUCCAAUCUCACGGCCAGCCUAGCAUUCUGUCUCAACUGUCCUCUCCAGAGGCCCAGCUCGCCAUGGCUACCAACCUUCUCAACAAGAUACUGUCACCUCAAGAACAGAAUACAACACCUCCUUCACUGCUGAGUUUGCCGAUCAACCGCAAUAUGGCGGCAUUCAGCGAUUCCCGCUCACGUUGGAACAACUCUUACUCGGACCGUAGACGGGACAGGCCGGACCGCCGGGUGCAGCCCUACAGCAAGUCGGGCUCUAACCGUCAUCAGGACGGCAAAUCCCGUUUCGGUUCAGAAAAGACUUCCCGUUUUAAUUCUGACAAGGGCGGUUCUUCAAACAAGUCCAAAAAAAAGGAAUCUACUAACGAUGUUAAAGUAAAAGAAGAGGAUAAAGUGAACGGCGAUGCUGAUGAAGAUAGGAAGUCCAAGAGGAAGGAGGAGGAUGAAGAUGAUGGUGGAAAAAAGAAGGAUGAUUCUAAAGAUGAUAAGGCUCCAGCUACUGUCAAGUAUGCAGGAAUUCCUCAAUCAUUGUUUGCCUGUCAUGUGUGUCACAAGAACAUGUGGGACGCUACUUCGUUCGACAAGCAUGUUAGUGGCCGCAGGCAUCAAAUGAUGAUGGAGCAGCAAGAUGAGACGUACAAAAUUAAAGUUGAACUUCUGCGUCAUGAGCAAAGGGCUGCUGAAUCACAGCGUGAAAUGGAGAUAGAGAGACUGCAGCGUCAGGGCAAGAAGGUGUUCAACAACAAGCGUGCCUACUGCACAAUGUGUGACCUGCAUUUCUUCGGCAACCUCAUCUCUCACCGCAAGAAGGACCGCCAUCAGAGACUAAAAUCUUUCCUGCACCCCAAGUGCCGUCUCUGCCACAAGGAGUUUGCGAAUCGCUUAGAAUGGGAUGAUCAUAAAUUGACAGCCUCACAUCUGACGAAAGUGGCCGAAAGUCGUCGUAUUAAGAAUCCUGGUCUCAAGGAUGAAGAAAUAGAUUUCCUUGACUACGAUAGUCUUGAUGAAAAUGACGAUGAUCUGUUCUCUUCGGUUAAGGAGAAGAAGAUCAACUUUGACAUGUCUGAGAUUCCAACAACAAUUGAGGAUUAUGAUCCCGAAAAGUCAGUUGGUAGUAUUUUGGUGACCGAUGUUUCUGGAUUUUUGUGCCGUGGGUGCAACAAAUUCCUAGCCAGCAAAGAAGAAGUCGAAUCUCAUCUUCACUCGUACACACAUUUCAAAAGUUUUUCUCAGCUAGUAAAAACCAAGGUGAAAAUAGAAAAAGAUAAGACCAAAAAGGAUAAACCCGCUAAAGAAGGAGGAGAAGAGGAGGAAGAAGAAGAAGAGGAUUACCUGAUACCUGACGGAGAAGACGAGGAUGAGCACAGUGAAAAUGACAAGCCUUCCGCGGGAGGAGACAGCGAAGGAGGUACUUGGAAAAGACGAAAGAGGGGAAGUGGGGGAGCCAACAGCAAAGCCAAUAAUGGAGAAGCCGACGAAGAAGAGGAGGAAGAAGAGGCGGAGGAGGAGGAGGCCACAGAAGAAGAGGAAGCUAAUACAGCCGAAAAGGACAGCGAGGUGAAAGUGAAGGAGGAGAUAAAAAUGGAGGUGGAGGAUAAAACUGACAAGUACGACCCGGACAAGGCUGAGCAGGAGGAGGGGGAUGAGGAGGAGGAGGGGAAGACUCCUCGCGCCACCAGAAAUAAAGCGGUAAGGGGUGGGGUGAGGGGUGGAAAGGCUCGUAGGGGAGCCAAGUAGAUUGCUAGCAUUCACAAAUAUUAUUACUCUACGAUAUAUCACUAUUAGUAUUUUGAAUAAUUAAUAUAUUUAUAUUGUUUCAAGCUUAAUACAUCACAAAACCGUAAGAUAUUAUAUUACAUAGCAUAGUUGCAGGUAUCAUACUAGUAAAACUAUACUCCCUUUUGCCCAAGAUUCUCUCCUAGUUCAGCCGGCUACACACUUGACGAAAAAUUCAAAGGAAAAUCUCCACAGAUCCCCAUCCACUAGUUGAGAUUGAGGCCUUCAUUGAGUCUGUGAAGCCGGCUUUAGACUAAUCAAAUUAAUUAGACUAGGGUAUUGAAACCACAUAAGAAACUCAAGUUCCCUCAGUUGUUGAUAAAUGGGUUUAAUUAAUUUGAGAGAAUCUAGGGUGAAGGUUUAAUGAUCCGGAGUAUAGUAAGACAUUGUACUGGAAAGACAGUAAGAUGUCUCAACAAUGGUACUCAUAUUUUAGGGCUGCAACCUAGUAGAACUAUUAUACUUUAAAAUAUACUUAGAAACGACUAGUUGUGUGUCAUGAGAAUUUGUUAGAUAAUUAUUUUUACAGCGCUAUUUUGUUGCAGAUAUUAUUAUUAUUACUACGUGUCUAGACAGACCUCUAGACAAGAAUCAUUUGAACUAGAAUAUUAUUUUAUGACAAAAAGUAUAUAGCCUAAACACAAUUUAUUUGAAUUUUAGUUUUGAUUCUCUGACUAGUCAUAGCAGUUUUAUGCUGAAGAUAAAUGAAAUCAUGAAAAUUUUAAUUUCAUGAAAAAAUUUAACCCAGUCAAUAUUAUUGAUAUAUGUAUGUGCAUACUUCAGUUGUACAAUACAUUUUUGAAACCAAAUUCGAAAAAUUAGAUUACAAAUUCUAAUUGUAAAUUCUCUUGUAUUAUUUUAUAUUUCUAAUAUUCAUUAACCAUUCGAUUUAUGAACGUGAGAAGAACUUUAAGAGAGAUUUAUCCAUAAAGAUACCCACAUUCAUAUUGUGAAGCACACUAAUCUAAGAUGUUGAUCAAGUUUUUCUCUUAUUAAUAGGAUCUUAAUUGUGGAUUUAUCUAUCAAUAACUAUGUAGAACUCUACAUCAUCACUCACAUCCCAUUUGCACUGAAUAAAAGAAUAAUCUAUAUAAUAUUUGCUCUAAUAUUUGUCCCAUGAGUGUGCUAGGUCUUAGCUGUUGUCUAAUAACCUUUUCAGAAUAAUCUUUAUUGUCUAAGUAAAAAAGUCUACAUAUUCAAGAGAGUCUCAAUAUAUACUAAACGUCACUAAUACUUCGUUAAUAAUGCAAUUCGUGAGUGUAUCGUAGCUUUGUCGUUGUAGCAAUUUCUAGUAUAUACUCGUAGCUUGUUAGUAUCUGUUUGUCCUCUUAUUAUCAAUCAUCUUGGCUAUAACCACUACUAUAGAAUUAUCGUAUAUAGCAUAAAGCUGUAACAUAUACAGUAUAAUCACAAAUUCACUAAUAAUACUCGUAUUUGGCUGUAUCUAUUCAACUCCUGUCUCCUGAUGUAUUGAAA